GUUUCUGACGUGUGAAUCCAUCUGGAUUGAGAGUAUGCUGCAAUAUGGCGUCUUGUUUUCGUUUGGAACCGAAAAGUGACGAGCAAACAAAAAUUAUGGCUGGUUUGGUGCCGACAGAAACGUUCCACAGCUUCCUUCGAAGGGGGAAGAGGACUUUGCACGUUGGCUGACCGGACGUCGAACGUCUGAAUGUGCGCGAAAGAACGUCUGGAUGGAGAGAGUCACCUUACUAGUCGGUAGCAGACGUCGCCGUCAAUGGUGUCGUCGCUACUCGCCUUUUCUCAUAGUUGGGAUAGCUAUAUUAGUAGUUCAAAUACUCUUAGGAUAUUGCUUUUAUAUUACGGCAACCUCGGAUGACGAAGGCUACGCGUGGAUCAACAAUGUCCAUCAGUUAGGAGCAGGUCGUCACCAAAGCGCUCAGUCCGACGACGAGUACGAAGAGGAGGAGUCCGCAGCCGGACUGCUUCCGCCCGACACAUUUCUCGGCUUUCAUCCGCCGUGCGACAUCACGGAGAAAGAUGCGGUGUCUGCCAUUCGGCGUGCGUCGACGAUGGACUGCAAGAUACAGCUCGCCAACGUGAGCUGCCUCGUCAAGGAGUGGCUCCUGUAUCCGCAUCGGCUGCCCAGAUAUUGUCCGUUGCGAGAAGGACAGGAAGAACAACACCUCGGCUGCUAUGCAGACCGCAUCGAUCGUCGACUGUUUCCAAAACUGGCCUCACGAAAUCGAGCCAAUAAGCCGUCGCGUUGCGUGGGGAUCUGCCUUCGGAUUGGUUACCGCUUUGCGGGCCUCCAGUACGGCACAGAGUGCUUCUGCGGCCGUGAGGAGCCCUCGCCGUCCCUGCGGCUCCCAGUGCAGCAAUGCAACGCCUCGUGUCCUGCGGACAGCAUGCAGACGUGCGGAGGAUAUCUGACGAUGGACGUUUAUCACACUGGCAUAUCUAGUGAAGCGUCGGUGCGACGCGUCGAAACAAAACUCGAGCAGCCAGGCACAGCGCCGUCGGGUAUCCAAGUUCGAAUAGCUUUCGUGCUCUCCGUGAGCGGUCGAGCUCUACGCCAAGUCCUGCGGCUGCUACGGACGAUUUACAGUCCGUCUCAUUUCUUCUACAUCCACGUUGAUGUUAGGCAAGACUACUUAUUCCGCGAGUUGCUCUGGCUGGAAGAACGAUUCAGCAACAUCCGGCUUGCGAGAAAACGCUUUCCAACCAUGUGGGGAGGUUCGUCGUUGCUGCACAUGCUCUUAGAUGCCAUGAAGGAGCUUCUGCAUACCUCAACGCAAUGGCACUACCUGAUCAACCUCAGCGAAACCGAUUACCCAAUCAAGCCACUGAAAGACUUGGAACAAUUCUUAGCUGCCAACAUGGGCACCAACUUUGUCAAGUCUCAUGGACAAGACACACAGAGGUUCAUAGCGAAGCAGGCACUGGACCGUACGUUCCACCAGUGCGACGGACGAAUGUGGAGGCUGGGACCUCGUGGGUUGCCGUGGGGCAUCCGUCUGGACGGUGGGAGCGACUGGUUGGCCCUGCACCGGGACUUUGUCUCCUACGUGGCUCUCGGGGACGACCCUCUACUCAGGGGCCUCAAAGCGCUCUUUGCACAUACCCUUCUUCCUGCCGAGUCGUUCUUCCACACGACACUGCAGAAUAGCGCAUUCUGUGGCACCAUCGUCGACAACAACCUUCACCUGGUGAACUGGAAGCGAAAGCAGGGGUGCAAGUGCCAAUACCGCCACGUUGUCGACUGGUGUGGGUGUUCGCCGAACGUGUUUCGUUCACCCGACGACUGGAUUCGCCUGCGGGCAACGACGGAUCGAUCCCUGUUUUUCGCGCGCAAGUUCGAGCCGGUCCUCAGCCAGCACAUGGUGGACCAAGUGGAGCAAUACCUUUUGAACGUACCACGGACAGCUUCAGAACUACUGGGUGCACAAAGCUACUGGCAGAGCACGUACAACGUCCAGGACACGUCGCCUCCAGCAGACCAGGCUCGCCUGUCGGCGUACGGGGCGCUGUGUCGCCUCGCUUUCAAGUGGAUACAGAAGCAACAUUCUUGUUCCGCCCACUUCCUCAUGGUCACGCAAGCCACACUGUAUUUCGACAGUGACGUCUUUAAGGGACUUCUCGUCUCGUACAAAGCCAAAACGGUUAGAUCUCAGCAGCCGGUAGAGGUCGAAGCUUGGGUGAAAUCGACGGACGUUGUUGAGCAUUUCCAGGAGGGGCGCCUGAUAUCACUCAAGGUGGGCUCAGAGUUUGAUCCGAAGGAGCAGUUGUUGCGCAACUUCGGAGGCCUCCUCGGUCCCCACUCCGACAUUGUUGCCGUGCACGAGUGGGGUCCCGGGUCAAAGGGGGACCACCUGGAGGUGACCUUCAUCUGGCAAGACCCCAUGGGUGUAUCCACAGCGUCUACGCCCAUCCAAGUUGAUGCUUCCGCACAGGUACUGCAGCACAGGCCGACCAUCCAUCAGCCCCUUGCCGAGGGCGUGUGGACCUUAUCUCUUCUCAGCAACGGAAAGAAGCUGGCCCAGACGCGUUUCGCCGUCAUUGGGCCGUCGCGUCCCCGUGGCAACUCAACACAAUCGAAUCUCAUCACCGCUGAUGACGACGCGCCGCAACUGGAAGUCGUGUCCAAGUUCUGGACUGUUGUGGACGCCUGUUUUGUGUCUGUGCCUAGUCAUCCGACAGGAGGUGCCUUCUGCGACCGCUUGGACUCGUGCCAGACCACGUCCUGGAGUUCAUACUUUCCCGACCCAAAGUCGCGCGUGAGAGGGUUCGGACCCAGAUAGCAGCGUGUCUCACCGUGAAGACCUGUCACCGAGAUGCCUCAAUGUCACAAGGACAGGAAGGACAGUGUUUCUUAGGGACACGGGAGAUUGAGGUACCUCAAUGUUUGAAGCGCGCUGUUCAGAACAGGAAAGCUGUCCGUACUGUGUGGAGAGGGAAAGCAUUCCGUUCCGUCAACAGCUAAAGACAUAUCAUGCUCUAAAGGCAAUAAGAUCUCCGCAGAGGGACUACGUAGGUUAGAGAAGGUUAGUGUUUCAGGGCUUUCCGCGGAGAACAUCUUCUAAAUCAGCUUGGGGGAAUUAAACCUCGGGAAACCACACCGUCAUCACAGCCUAUUUUGAACUCGCGUCUUGCUGAACCGCCGCGCUGCAUAUCACAGCAAAAUAUACUCAGUUGUCCCGAAAGAACAAUAGGUUUCAAGGCUUCUUUUGUCUUGGAUUUGCUACGGAAGCAGCUACUUUUUUCGUUACUACAAAUUUUUUCGUACUACAAAUUUCGUUCGCUUGUCGCAGGGGGAAGGUUCACGCGCCGUGUCCCCUUAGUUUAAUCACAAUUCAUUUUAUGUCAUCACUUAAUUCCCUUUCCAGAGCCCAGAACAAGUCUCAUAUCACGCGUGUCGCUCAGUGGAACAAAAUAUUUGUCGUCGUCCAGCUAAAGGAUGCUACGGUGAACCCCGGGCUGGAAACGUAUGCAGGGCUCUGUAGAUCUCCUUUUUUCUCAAAGUCACCUGCUGUUUGUUUCGUUUUUAUUUCUUCAUGUUUCGACGUUCAUCGCUUCGCAAACUUAAUACACUAAAAAAUCGCUUUUGGACGGUUGUUUUACAGUUACCAUACACAUGCCAAAGAUAUUUUGCAUACGGAGAAUACGAACAAUAAAUAUAGAUAUUAUAAUGCAAAGUA